UCACACACCAUCAUCCGACAUUUCUUCUAGCUGGACUUGCACACACUUGGGCGACCUCCCCGUUUACACUCCUUUAUACAACAUUCUUGGCGGCGAAACAUCACCCAUACUCCCAUGUCUUUUAUCUGAGGAUCAGGAUCCUUCCCUGUUCAAUCUUGGAAUUGAGGUGGUUAUUUCCAUCUUCUCCCUACGGUGCAUCUCAUCUGGCCAUAAUAUUUUUACAAGGAAACCAAAAAGAAAAAAAGGAAAAAAGAAAAAAAAAAGGCGCAUACCAAACCGUGUUGCUCCAGCAAGAUUUUGAUACCCUAUACUUACCUGGCAAAUAUCACGUUUACAUUCACACGCGCACCACAACCACUCUUGGCCACUUGAUCAUGCUUCCAACACCACCACAAUCACCACCCCCAAUAUCUUUCUGCGAUGCACCAGAGGACAGGUUGGGGCUGCUGCUUGCCAAUCGGUUAGAGCUCACGGGCAUUCUUGGGGUAGGUGCCUAUGGCGUGGUCUACUCAGCCAUUGACAUCCAGACCCAUGUGCCCUAUGCCGUCAAGGCGCUCAACAAAGCCGGCCUAGAUCCCAGACAGCGCAAGUUUCAGCAGAGGGAGAUCAAGCUUCACCACCUGGCGAGCCAUCAUCCCAAUGUGGUUUCUUUGGUCCGCAUCAUGGAUUCGCAUGACUGCACUUUUGUUGUGCUUGAGUUCUGUCCCGAAGGUGAUCUGUUCUCCAACAUCACCGAGAGAGGCCAGUUUGUGGGAAAUGAUUUCCUCGCCAAGCGGGCAUUUCUUCAAAUUCUGGACGCCGUGGAUUUCUGCCACUCUAUCGGAAUCUAUCACCGGGAUUUGAAGCCUGAGAAUAUCCUGGUUACAGACCAUAGUAUGACUGUUAAGCUUGCGGACUUUGGCCUGGCUACAACCGAUUCUUUCACAUCCGAUUUUGGUUGUGGAUCUACGUUUUAUAUGUCUCCUGAAUGCCAGCAAUCUAAUUCGACACCGUACGCCUCUGCUCCAAACGAUGUAUGGAGUCUUGGUGUCAUUCUUGUCAACCUUUGCUGUGGCCGAAAUCCCUGGAAAAAGGCCUCUCCUGAGGAUUCUACCUUCCAUGCCUAUCUAAAGGACCGUGAAUUCCUCAGGACAAUCCUUCCUCUGUCGCCUGAGUUGAACUCGAUUUUGAAACGCAUUUUUGAAUGCGAUCCUCUGAAGAGGAUUACACUCCUGGAACUCCGCAAGUUGGUCCUGGAAUGCCCAAGGUUUACUGUCCGCUCGGGCUGCAACGUUCCUAUUACGCCACCAUCUCCGUGUUCUAGCUAUGAGUAUGCCAAGGCACAGUUUAGCUAUGCGCAAUUUAAUCCUUAUCCUCCAUCACCGGUGGAACCGAUCGAAGCCGAGUACUCCAGCUCCGCUAUCUCCGAUACUUCUUUGACCGAUGACGACUCCUCUGUCUCCUCCUCUUCAUCUUCGGAAUACGCCCCUCCAAGCCAGCUGAACCAAUUCAAGUUUGUUCCUGCGACAAUCCCACCCAAUUAUUGGGGUUCGUUUAUUCCAAUUGUUGGGGAUAAGCCUGCAGUCCGCCAAUGCCACCUCGAGCCGAUGGUGGCUGUGUGCUAAAUGCAUCAUGGCAUCCCAGUUUCGACAUAAACCCUACACAUCCUCAACUGAUUUCCGCCCUGGUGACCACGGUAUUGCUUGGCAGCUUUGUCCCAACUUGCUCCAGGAAGGCACAUGAUUUUGAUAACGAAUUUCUUUCUUUGCUUGCUCUUUGCCAUGGAUCGGAGUUGGACGAGUCCUUACAUAUCCGUUUUCCUUUAGGAGGAUCCAAUUUUUUUUUUCCGGUUUCGAAGACAAACUUUCCACUAUGUUCGAAGCUCUUGUUCGAUAAUAGCGAUUCUACCUGGUGGUUCAUGUCCCUUUUUGUCUCGCCAUGAGGUCUAUUUUUUCAACUUGGCGACAUUGUUAUUUUGCUUCUGAUUCACCUUCUCUUUAUCUCUACACGGUUCACUGUUCGAUACGACGUUGUAAUAUCUCUUAGCCAUCAUUCUGGAGGUACUCUUACGGUUUUGGGAGGUUCAAAGUGAAGGGCGGCUUUAUGAUUUCGGCGUUGGGACCUUGGAAUGAACACAAAGGUGCAUUAAGGAGUUUUUAAGUCUUGGUUGUUUUCCCUUUGCUUUUGAGUUACUCGGUUUCAGAACUUUUGACUAGAAGGAAAAGGCGCAUGUUCCCGUGAGCUUUUUGGAGGGCCGUUUCGAUUCGCAUCUUCGAUUCUGCUGCUGUCGUUAUAACACUGAUACCCGGAAUGUUAGUUACAUUCUUCUCAACACUUAUAUGUCACUCUUAGUGCUUUUGCUUCGAGAUGAUCAUACAUAUUUUGCGGUCAAAGCGCAACCCCGUUUACUUCUCAUCUGUAUAUAGCGACUUGAAAGUCAUUGUACACACAUAAAUACAUGGAUCAGGA